CCGCAGGAUUGGUUGCUGCGGGAGACAGACGAAGAGUCGAGGGAUUGCUGGCCGGCGGCGACUCCGCGGCUCCGGGAGAGUCCGAGCGAGGGAAUAAUACUGUACCGGUCAGACGAGCAGGUUAAAAGAAUAUUUUUAAAAUGUCAACUGUGAAAUAUAUGUCAUGAAGUGAACUGCUAUUCCCAGGAUGACUAUGGAGCUUCUACCUUCUAGCAAGCUGAGGUUGUCAACUUACAAAUUACUGAAGACUUUACCUUAUUCUAGAUGAUCUGCUGGAUUAAGCAUCUAUUUAGAGUGAUAUUUAUGCAAGCUGGGUUAACUAUGGAAUCACUGCUUUGGUCAAAUAAAUCUUAUGGUCCAAGCAGAAGUAUUGUAAGAAAAAUUGGCUCCAACCUUUCUCUGAUACAAUGCCCAAGGGUUCAAUUUCAGCUUACAUCUCAGCCUACAGAAAACACUCAAUCUCACCAACUAAAAGAAGAUGCAGUAGUCUCCCUUGUAGAUGUAGGGUGGGUUGCUGAAGAAGAUGAUGAAGGAGACAAAGUUUUUACACGGUUCCGAUCAGAAGGCUGGUCAAAAUCCCAACCAUUCCUUAAAGAUGAAGUCUGCUCAGGAAGAGACUCAAGUACUGAAGAAUUGUUGCCCAAGAAAUCACAAGAAAUGGAAGACUCCAAAACUGCAGUAGCCACAAACAAUGAAGCAUUACAGAAAAUAAAUGCAUUGGAAAAUGAGCUUGCUAAUUUAAGAGAACAAAUAGCCAAAAUUGUAAGCCUACAAGAACAAAAUUUGGCAGCAGCUGGAAUAAGUUCUUCUGCUUCCCUUUCUGUCCUACCGCCGCCACCACCACCACCACCACCCCUGCCUCCACCACCAUCACUUCAGCACAAUGUUUCUGCCAUUGACCUUAUUAAAGAGCGCAAAGGAAAAAGAAUAAAUUCUGGCAAGACUCUGAUAGAUAGUGAUCCAAAGAAGCUUGAAAUGCCAAAUAUGCUAGAUAUCCUGAAAGACAUGAACAAUGUAAAGCUGCGCUCAGUGAAAAGGCCGGAGGAAAGCACAAUAAGGAAAACUGCUGACCCAACAGAUCCUGCUGCAAUAAUAGCUGAGGCUCUUAAAAAGAAAUUUGCAUAUCGAUACCGUAGUGACAGUUCAAGUGAAAGUGAUAAACAGAAUUCAGCUUCUGAAACAAAGAUGUUUGGGCCACACCUGCUGAAGUCUACAGGAAAAAUGAAGAAUCUAAUUGAAAAUGUUAAGUAGAAAAAACAUGCUUCAGUAUAAAGGGACCACCUCAACUGUUUUGAGAAUUAUAUUUAUAAUUUUACAAUACUGAGUAGUGUGUCUUGCUUCCAUGAACAAGUUUAAAAACGAAAAUUCUACCAUGUUCUAGCACAGGUUUUAGUAUUUAUGUACAAGUUGUGUUGGGCUAACACUAAGUUAUAAAUGUCACUUUUAAACUUACGUGAAUGCAAUUAUAGUUUAAAUUAUAGCUUUGAUGUAAUAUCUGAAAUAUAAUAGUAGGACAUAUUUAGCCUGAAUUGACAUCUCAUUUUGAACUUGAAAUACAGACUUCACUGGAGCCACUUUUCUUUCUAUAGGGUGAAGGUGACAACGCUUGAGUAUUUUAUUAUUAGCAGAAUUGGCUAAAUUUAAAGCAAAUGCUGGAAGAAACUAGCCAAAGCUUGAUCAUGUUUUUAGAUAGAAUGUAACACUAUAAUUGCAACUUUAUUCUAGCGAUAAUGCACAUAUGAGCAUAUCAACAGUUACUAAUGAAACUUAAUAUCUAAUUAGCAUUGUUGUCUCCUUCAUAAACCUUCAAUCCUGCUUACUCACCAAUUCCUGUUGAACUGAAUUGCAGAUAAUAAACUGUCAAAUAAGUCAGAAAAUAAUUCGAGAUUGGAAAAAAUAAUUGAAGGCCAGCUUUCCUGUUGAGUAAAACAUUUUACUUC